AUUAUCGUAAACACUCCAAGGCUGCAUCGGAAACACACACUACUAGACGAUAGCCGUUGGAGUGAACGAAAUACAAAAGUGAGAUAAAAAGAGAGGGAGAGUACUCGAGUGACGUUUCCGAACGCAGCCCAAGAGAGAUAACCUCCAUCGUUCAUUUCUGUUCGUAUGUAAUAAUACAAAAUUAAUUGUCGCUGAUAAAGUAUAAAUAUAUUUUCUCUUACAAUGUCAUCCGAUGAAGAAACUCAAUUUAAAGUGUACAAUGAUGAUCCGCGAAUUCCUUGUCAAUACGGUGUAAAAUGUUAUCAGAAAAAUUCACAGCAUCUCAGCAAAUACAAACACCCGCCAAAAAAAGAAACGCAUAUUUUUUCUUCCAGGUAAAACAAAACGAAACGCUCAUCACUGGCACAAAAAGAAAAGAUAUGGUAAAAGAUAAUAACAAAAAAGUAAAGUGCAAAAGUCCACCAAAGAAAUUGCAAAAGACAUGCGAGAAUUCCGAAAGAAAUGUGCAUAAUCUUUCCCCGAGUUCCGAAAGCGAUAAAACAAAAAGUAGUGAUGAAGAUGAUGACAAGAAUUUAAAUAUAAGCCCAGAAGUGGUGAAUAAAGAUAUAACAGUUAUACAAACAGCAAAAUUAAACGAGUAUAAUAACUCAUAUAAUUCUGCCAAACUUAAUGCAAGUGAAAAUUUAUCUGUAUCAGAUAUUAAUGUUCAAAAAACUAUCAAAGAACUAUUUUUAGUUGAAAUGCCAAAGGAUUUUUAUCAAUUUUAUGAAUUUUGUAAAAGUAUAUCAAAAGAUAAUCCUCUUUUGGCAUGUAAAUCUGCUUGCUUAAAACUUGUGGGCCCAUACGAUGUGUUAGAAGGUAAAAUUAAAGAUUUGACAAAUGAAAAAGAUAAAGAAAAAUAUUUGAUACACUGGAGAUAUUAUUAUGAUCCACCAGAAUUUCAGACUAUUAUAAAAUGUGACAACAAAGAAGGACUACAUUUUGGUUAUUGGCGAGAUGAUAUUGCAGAAAGACCAGUAUUUGUAGCAAAGAAUUGUGGAAAUGUUAGUUGUGUAUUUGAAUCUGUUGCAGAAAACAUAUUUGGUGCUAUUGACACUUAUCUACAAAAUAAAGCAAAGUCAGCCAAUCCAUUCGAGAAGACUGGUAUAAUGCGUUUGCAUUCUCAGCUGAAGAACUUCGCCAAACAACAUAACAUAACUUUAGAGAAAAAUACUACAGACAUGCGCUCCAGAGAAAAGAAAGUUGUAGCACGAACUUUUCACAAAGCAGGCAUUGUAGUUCCAUAUGAUAAAAAGACUCAAUUAGGUUACAGAGAUUUAGCAGCGACAGAUAAUGAAUUGCAAAAAAUACUGAAGCAAAUAGAGGAGGCUAGCACUCUGGAUAAAAGAAAGGCAUCAAUCACGCAACUUGAUGAGAUUGUGAGGCUGGCAACAAUAGCUGCGGACGAAUGCGACUUUGGUACUUGUUUAGAGUUGGGACACGAUCUCUUUUCCAAUGGAAGUAUCCAUGUACAAGGCAGAGCCUUACAGAUGCUGUCCGUUGCUUAUACCCAUUUACAAAGGCCACAGUUCUUAGAAAUACUUGAAGUGCACUUGAAAAACAGGAGGAAAGGCUGCGAAUUGAGCGUAAUUUGAAAAUUCAUUCUUUUGUGUAUUAAAAAUAAAUAUUCAUGCAUUAUAAAUAAUAAAAACAGAAAGACCGUUAAUCGGUGCAUUCUAAGUUAA